AUGGCCGAAGGAGGGGCGGGUAAAGGUGGUGGAGACGAAAAAAGAAAAUUGGCUGAAAAAGAAGAGACUCAGGUUCAUCAGGGAGCAGGCCACUGUAAGUGGUUCAACGUUAGAAUGGGAUUCGGAUUUAUCUCUAUGACAUCUCGGGAAGGGAACCCCUUGGAAACGCCUGUCGAUGUUUUCGUACACCAAAGCAAACUUUACAUGGAUGGAUUCAGGAGUUUGAAAGAAGGAGAGCCUGUGGAAUUCACCUUCAAAAAAUCUUGCAAAGGCCUGGAAUCGAUACGGGUAACAGGCCCUGGAGGGACACCGUGUUCAGGCAGCGAGAGGCGUCCAAAAGGGAAGAUAGUGCAAAAACGGAAGCCAAAGGGAGACCGAUGUUACAACUGUGGAGGCCUUGAUCACCAUGCUAAGGAAUGUAAUCUACCUCCUCAGCCAAAGAAGUGCCAUUACUGCCAGAGCAUCAUGCACAUGGUAGCCAACUGUCCUCUCAAAAAUGUCCCACCACAGUCCUUUAUUCCUCAGGGAAAAUACGAAGCAGAUCCUCAACCUUCCACCUCCUCGUAUGCUGCUUUCCCUAGGGAAGUGGGAGGGGCUCAAGGCCACCCAGCUCCAGCUCACCUCCAGGAGGAAAAGCCUGAGAUGGAGAACUCUGGCAAAUCAUCUCACGAGAGUUCUGCAUGCCCAGAAGAACAAAGAAGAAAGGGCUCUUCCGUUCAGAAAAGGAAAAAAACAGAAAGCAAAUAA